AUGCUUUGCGAACUUCCAAAAGAGCUCUUGCUCUGGAUUUGCAAAUUCCUCCAAACAGACCACAUUCUGAGUCUAUGCCUGGUCAGUCGUCGAACCAAUUCUAUUUUCACUGAGGCGCUUUUUGUGUGCCUUGUCUCUAAUGAAAUUCCGCCACUCUUUCGUGCCGUGAAAGCCCAAAAACUAGACAUUGGAGCGCGAUUGAUCGAGGAAUACCACGUGAAUAUCGACGCUGAGUACGCAGGGCAGAACGCGCUCCUCCUAGCUAUUGAGCUACGAUACCCACAGGCCGUGGAUCUGGUCCUGCGAUAUAAGCCCAAUGUUCGCUGUUCUUGCGAUUCUGGAGGCCGAGGCCCUUUGUCACUUGCAGUUAUCGGCGGAAAUACUGCUAUCGUUGAGCGGAUUCUUCAAUCACAGGAGAUUGAUGUCAAUGAUCGAUGCUUGGACGGGUUCUCUGCCAUAGCAUACGCGCUGAAGCAUCGCGAGCACUAUAUUUUGCAUCUCUUGCUUGCUGACCCCCGAGCGAAUGUCAACUUUGCAGAUCAUUUCGAUCGGACGCCCCUGCAAUCUGCGACCCUGGAAGGGGAUCAUAUCGCCACGCAGAUGCUGGUACGACAGGCAGGAAUCAAUAUCAAUCACCAGAGCUCCUACGAUGAUGCACCUCUCCUCUUGUCUGCGAAAAUGCUCAAUCAACAGCAAUCAGUCCGCAUCGUGGAGUCUCUUUUCCUACAUCCCGACCUUGAUGUGAACAUAUCUGACUCCGACGAGCGAACAGCAUUGUGGCACGCUGUAGAUCAUGGACACCAUGAUCUUGUGAAAUUACUUGUUAGCCACAGCCGGAAAUAUGCAUCAACUCGCAGACUAGGCAAAUUGUGCCUCCGCUUUGGUCUGCUUGUCGCGUAG